AUGAUGACCCUGAGCCGUCUUCCAGCCCUGCAUCCUUACUCGAGUAUAGCCGCAGGUGGCACUCGGAGUGGGGCCAAGUCGUUCAAGUUCGCUCUUCAAGACGAUGCAAAGUCCAUCGAGGACAUCGAAGAUUCUCACGUUCAGCAGAAGACGGUGUCGCGGCUAGUCACAUUUGUCGCUCAGUUGACUGGAUGCGAUGCAGACGAGGUUCUGUUCAAGCUUCAGAUCUUCAGAGAUGAUCUUCGCGUCGCAUCAGCCAAAGACGUUCAACAACACGCCUCUCCUUCGUCGCCGGGCAUAACGUUUUGCUUCUAUCCCUCCACGACAGCGAUGGCAGCAGCUGGAACGGACGAUCUUGUCGUGACGGUCUCGGACAAGGACGGUAUCCAAGUGUUGCUGGACUUUGCUCUUCCUGUAAGCGAAGAAGCUGCUCAUGGCAUCUGUACCCACUUCGCCAGGCAGGUUCUUUGUUGCAAACUUGUUAAAACCACGGCAGCCCUGUCGAUCUUCGAUCGCACAUUGAAAAGCGAGGCACCACAGCAAGCAAGGCUUCAUGAUGCGUUCCUCCAACAGGCAAAACAAUGUCCGGAUCGAAUCGCUGUGCAAUUCCUCGAAGCGUUGGGCGAAGAUGGCACGGCGCGAUUCAGUCGUCUCACGUAUGCCCAGCUGCAUAAGGCGGCCUCUUUGCUGGCAAGCAAAGUACGCUACGCACAUGCAAGGAAGGAAAAGCAGCAACACCAACAGGUGAUCGUGCCCAUGCUUCUGUCUCCUUCCAUCGAGCUGUACAUCUCUUACAUGGCCAUCCUGAUGGCCGGAUUCGCAUUUUGUCCGCUGCCUGUCGAUGCACCGGAUGCGAGAUUGACCAUGCUGGUUAGCCAGCUGCAUCCAUCUGUUAUUCUCGGCGCUCACAGCUCAGAUCCACCUUCUUGGCUGCCUGCAUCUGUGCAUUGGAUCAAUGUUACCGAGAACGUUCAAGACGACAGCUGGUCCGUGAACGAGAACGACGUUGUCUUUCAGCAACAGCAAGAGUGCGCGUACGUGCUGUUCACCAGUGGCACAACAGGCAAGCCAAAAGGCGUACAAAUCUCUCACCACUCUGCCAGUGUGUCGAUUGCUUCGCACGCAGCGCAACUGGACCCAUCUCUUCUUCAAGAAUCGCCAUGUUCAUCCCGAACGAGUUUCAAGUGGUUCCAAUUCGCAUCGACCGUAUUCGAUCCCUCCGUCAUGGAGAUAUUUGUCACACUCUCGUCGGGUGGAACACUGUGCUCUGCACCACGAGCUCUGACGCUGUCCGAUCUGGAAAAGGUAGUGCGUCUGAGCGAGGCCGACAUCAUGAUGGCAACGCCCAGUGUCGCCACGCUACUGCGGCCUGAGCACGUUCCCAGCUUGCGGUUCCUGUGGACGAUGGGCGAAAGUCUCAAUCCGACCGUCAUCCGCAACUUUGCCGACGAUCGAGGUCGCACCGUGUUGGCCAACGCAUACGGACCUACCGAAGCAAGCGUCAAUUGUACGCUGUUGCAACCUUUCCCCGCUGAUUUUCGAGGAUCCAUCAUCGGCUUGCCGCUGCCUGCAUGCUCGCUAGCUAUCGUCUGCGAACGCUACGAUCCAGAAAGUCACAGGAACCAUCUCGAGGCGGUCGAAAGAGGCAUGACGGGCGAGCUGGUCAUCGGAGGUCCACAUGUAGGCAUGGGCUAUCUCGACAUGCCAAAAGCAACGGCAGAUGCCUUCACGACCUUUGCUCCUCUAGGACGCGUUUAUCGAACACAAGAUCGCGCAAGACUCGUCUGGGACCGUGAUGGAAACCCGAUGAUCGAGAUCUUGGGCAGAAUGAAUGCAGAACAGGUCAAGUUGAGCGGUCGAAGAGUCGAGUUCGGAGAGGUCGACUCAGUACUGCAGACGAGUCGCUUGGUCCAAAAUGCAGCUUGCGUCGUUUGGCGACCGGCCAAGCAGAACGAACAAGUCAGCGGAAGCGAACGACUUGUCUGCUGCCUCGUACCGUCUUCCGACUGCGUCAAGUACGAUGAAGCAGAGGCAGACUGUAGAGCGAUUGCGGAAGCCCAGCUGCCACCUCACAUGCGACCGUGGAAGUACAUACUCCGAUCAAGCUUGCCCGUCACCGUUUCAGGAAAAGCAGAUCGCAAGCAGCUUUCUCAGCUGCUUUCCGACGUCAUGGACGCAUCGCACGAGCAAGAUCGUGGCUCGGAUGUCACCUUCCAAGAAGCGACAGGCUCCGCGGACACGCCUAUAUCCCAAGCCCUAAUCAAAGCUGUCUGUACGGUCUGUCGUUUCGACACAGGCGCUGUCCAGAUGAACGUAGAUCUCUUUGAGCUCGGGAUCGACAGCCUUGCCGCGAUGCGUCUUCUUCAGCUACUUCGACAGGAUGAGGCUACCGCUUCCGCUGCCGUGCAGCUGAGUGUGGCCCAAGUGCUCAAAGCCGGCUCUUGCGCUCAACUUGUCGACCUCCUAUCAAGCAAGGAAGGAGGCGAAAGCGCCCGCCAUAACAAGUGCGUCUCCUUCGACGAUCAGCAGAAGCACGAAUGGAGCCAUAUAGUAGCAUCGUUCCAGCAAAGAUGUCGCCAUGCUGUGCUUUCAGCUCUGGCUCAAGACGAGCUGUGCGAACGAGUGCAAGCCAUCUAUCCGACAACAGCCACCCAAUCUGGUAUGCUGACGAACUUCCUCAGCCGGGCCGACACGCUUGGCUGCCGGCGGCCGUACAUCAAUCAUACCGUCUACCACAUGGCCUCGGCGUCACAAGCUCGAGAAUUCCACGAUGCUUUCCAACGGGCCACUCGCAAGCACGAUAUCUUCAGAACCGUGUUUGUCCCGAUUGACGAUGAGCUUUCUCCAUUUGCCCAGUGCGUCCUCUCUCCGGGUCUGGACCAAGGCAACGUCAGCGAAACCAUCUCAACGGCGACACUGGACAGUGCUUUGGAGAAGCAUCUGGGAAGGAUAGAUGGCAGUAUCUCCCUGGACCGUCCUCCCUGGCACCUCGGGCUUUUACUACCGGGCUCGAAGGAGGAAGGAACGGGGGGCGCGGUGGUGUUGAGCAUGAUGCACGCAAUCUUCGACGGAGGCAGUCUGAAUCUGAUUCAAGAGGAAGCUCUCGCGUUGCUCGACAACGAUCCCCUACAUGCAGCCUUACCCACCACUUGCACAGAGCUCGAGAGUGCAGUUCGUCAUCACUUCACCAGCGAUCUCGAGGCGGCGCGUCAAUUUUGGCGCCACAAGCUCGAUGGCAUCAGCAAGACGCAACUGCCCUGCGUCAACGGCUGCAAGGCUACAGUGCAGUCGAGUCUUGUCAACAGCUACGCGGUGGUCGAGUCCCACUCGCGUUCAUCUAUGGACAAGAUUGUUAAACGAGCUGGAAGCCAGGGUACGACCGCCUUGGUUCUCAUGCAGACCGCAUGGAACCUCCUCCUCGCAGCCUAUUCCGAGGAUGAAGAGGUCGUCUGCGUCACCAGUGGAAGCGUACACUCUGGUCGACUCGAUGACGAAACACGCUAUUGCAUGGCUCCGACGUUCAACGUCGUACCCUUUGUCACUCGUCUUGGCGUUGACGGAGACGGAGUAAAGAACGUCACCACAGCUGAGCUUGUAGCGGAAGCGACCAAGUCCAGCACGGAUGCUUUAGCUCAUCUCGAGAUACCACUCGGAGCACUUGCUUCUUCCGGAGGCAUACCCUUCGAUACUCUGUUCGCGGUGCAGCGAUUUGCCAAUCUUGGACAAGAAAGUUCGGCGACAGCACCGUGGUCAUCGAUCACUUACCCUGUCAUGGCAAACGAUUUCGCUGCCAUGGUGGAAGUGUGGCCUUCUGCCAAAGCCGAAGGAGAAAUGCGGCUGCGUUUGACGUAUUCCGAAUCCGUAUUGGACGCUGCAUCAGCUGAGCUGUUGCUUCAGCAGUACGAUGAUCUCUUGCACCGCCUUAUGUUCGAGCCGAAGACCACGCCCAUAAAGAGGAUAGUCAACGGUGCAGGCUUGCGCACCUCUGCACUUUCGAUCUUUGAAAAUCUAGAAAGCAAAGAGGAGGGCGAAAGAGGACUCCUGCUUCACUCUCAAUUUGAGAGUAGGGCUGCUGCACAGCCUGAAGACGUUGCGGUCGAGUUCUUCGCCGCCUUGCCUUCUCGCGUAAGCGAAUCCGUCGAUGUGCAGCGCUGGACGUACGGCGAGCUCAACGCACGUGCAAACCGUCUGGCUCGGUACAUAUUGUCGUUGACGGGACAGACGUCUCUUCGAGACCAGCCGAUUCCUAUCUGCAUGGAGCGUUGCAUUGAGCUGUACGUUGCUGUGCUUGCCAUUCUGAAGGCUGGUGGAGCCUGGUGCCCGAUUGACGUCCAGUCUCCGCGAGCGAGACAGCUGGAGCUCAUGGCAAGAACGAAAAGCAACAUCGUGUUGGUGACAGCUGCCACUUCGGCAAGCCUUGGUAUCGUGCAAGUCGAAGGACAGCGCAAGUUAACUCACCUAGACGCUUGUGAUGCGAGCACGUAUGAUCAUUUCUUCGCGGCUGAUCUCGAGGCGACCGCCGGGUCGACUACAUUGGCCUACUUGAUCUGGACGAGCGGGACAACAGGUGCACCCAAGGGUGUAAUGAUCGAGCAUCAAUCUGCUGUGACAAGCAUGAAUGCAUUGCAACACCACGUACCUCCACCGCAUCAAGGUCGUCCGCCACGGUGCCUUCAGUUCUCUGCCUACACAUUCGAUGUGUUCGUCCAGGAUCUCUUUUGGACGUGGGGUCUGGGUGGGACAGUGAUCGCAACAACACGCGAGAUCGUACUAGGAUCGACAGCCGAGCUCGCUACAGCUUCCCACGCCGACCAUGCGCACCUCACACCUGCCUUUGCAGCUGGUCUCCCGCGAGCUUCGUUUCCAAGUCUCAGAUCGGUCACGUUCAUCGGAGAGAAGCUCACCGAGGCUGUGGCAGCCGACUGGGCCGGAGACCAGCACAGCGACCAACUCGAUCCUAUUGCAGUGUACAACACGUAUGGGCCUGCAGAGGUGACAGUGGUUGCGACGUUGCGUCGGCUUGAUCCGGACGAGACGCUGAACAGUGCCAACGUUGGCCUGCCGAUGAAGGGUGUCACGGCACUUGUCUGCAGAGAUCGCCUUCAGCCGCCAACACCAUGCGGAAAGGGGAUGGUGGGAGAGCUUGUCCUAGCAGGUGAUCAGGUGGGUCGCGGGUACCUCGAUGACAAGACCAAGACAGAGGCGGCCUUCGUCUUUUCGCCAGUGUGGCAGAAGAAGCUCUACUAUACGGGUGACUACGUCAGGAUGCUUCACGACGGGAGCAUCGAGUUCAUCGGCCGACGCGACGACCUCGUCAAGCUGGGCGGUAUACGUGUCGAGUUGAGCGAGAUAUCCGCGGCUCUUUUGUCGGUGCAGAGCGGUGGCGCACAGGUGCAACGAGCUGAGACGAUGAUGCUGAGUCGACCUGACCGGCCAUCCAAGCAGGUGAUCGGUUUCCUGGCUUGUCCUGAUCUCGUUGCUGCAGCAACGGCGCCGCAAACUCUCUUGCUGACACACUCGGAUGCUAUAGCGCUGUCGCGUCGUACACUGAACGAGGUCCGCGGGGUUCUACCGCCAUACAUGGUGCCAUCGAUGAUCCUUGUGCUAUCGCAUAUUCCUCAGACGGCUUCCGCCAAAAUCGACCGCCCAAAGCUUCAAGCUGCCUACGCAUCAGCCGACCUUGCCGUAUGGACUUCGUCGUCGUCUUCGGCCUGCAAUGGGCGACCAUCAGAAAUGGAGAGCGAGAAGACCAUCGCGCCGCUCCAUCAUCAGGUCGCCAAAGCGAUCAGCGGGAUCACAGGGACAAACGUGGUCCACAUCACCGGGACGAGCUCGCUUGCAAGUAUCGGUCUCGAUUCUAUCCGCUCGAUUCGCUUGGCCGUCAAGCUCCAACAGGAAGGUCUGCAGGUUCCUAUCUCGACACUUUUGGCUUGCUCGACGGUGCGCAUGCUCGUCGAUGCGCUGGUCCGCCACUCUGAGGAAGGAGCAGCAGGUGUGCAAGACGAUGCUCGUUCUCGAUACAUUGCUUCCGAGCUUCGCAAAUUCGACGCUAACGUCCGCAAGCUGCUGACGACCCAGCUGCAGAAACGUCUCCGAGCGGUCUUACCGUGCAGCACACUGCAAGGAGGCAUGUUGGCAGAGACUCUCGCGGAUCCUUUAGCCUACUGGACGGAUCAUGUAAUUCGACUCGACGCCGACGUGAACCUGUCCCGCUUCGCACAAGCCUGGAAACGUUCGGCUCAGUCGCUCGAAAUGCUGCGUACCACCUUUGCUAUUGUCUCCCAGAAUUCGGACUUGAAGCAUCCGGUCCAAUUCGAUGGCGAGCUCGAUGUCUUUGCGCUGCAAAUGCUUCACAGCUCUGUCGAUGUCUCGUGCAUCGACGUGAGGAGUCCGAUCCACCCCACCUCCGGCCAAAAAAUGCAACAAGCCGUCGCGAGGUGGACACGAUCGGUGGCGUUGGAUCGCGCUGAAGCUGGCCUUUCAGUUCGACCUUUGUGGGCCGUGAGGACCUUCUCGUUGGACCGUGACGGUGACAGUGUGGUCUAUGCGGCUUUGUGCAUUCACCAUGCACUGUACGAUGGACCAUCAAUCGCAAUGAUCCUGGAUCGCGUUCGGGCCGAGUACGAUGGCAUUGAUCAUCAGGCCACAACGGGUCCGAAGAGAGACACCAAUCUUCCUGCUCCCACUUCACUAUUUGAGCAAUGCAAGUAUGCAUUUGCGUUCUCAACGGAGGAACGAAUGUCGAGCGUCGAGCACUGGAAAGGGCGGCUACAGAACCGUGGACCAGCAGCAGGACUCCCUGACCUGACGAGUGCCAGAUGUCCUCCCGGCCGAGCUUCUUCAGCCAAAUUUCUCACUACUUCCCGCACCUUCCGGCCAUGUUCUACCAACUCCCUUAACGUCGGCAUCUCAACAGCGAUCAAAACCGCCUUUGCAAUGGUGCUUGCCAACUAUGUCGAGAUAGAGGAGCCUCGCCACAUCGUUCUGGGAGAGGUUCUGUCUCUCAGACAUCUGCACCGUAGCCUGUCCACCGAGAAAGGGGCUGUAGGUCCACUGCUCACGACUUUGCCCUUCUCGUUGCUGCUCGCAGCUGACUCGACCUGUCAAAGCGUCCGUUCAACGUUCCGCAGCGAUACGAUCGCUCAUCCCUUGAUGCAGCAUCGGUUUGCUUCUCUCAGUGAUCUCUCCAAGAUUAUGGCCACGAGGUCCGAUCGAGAAAUAUUUACAGCGAUGUAUGUCUACCAUCAACGUUCCGGUCACCCCGAGCUAUCUCUGCACGAACCAUCGCGUUCGAAAGACGACGACCCUUGGAUGCUCUUGACAAGUGCCUCGAAUGUUCGCGUCGAACAUGGCACGGUCCUCAACGUUUUUGAGCAAGGGGAGAGCGAGGACGAAUCUAUCAUCUUGGAGCUUUCCAUGAAGGAAGAUCGAGUGUCGGAAGCCAUGUUGGACGUCGUCAUCGAUCAGGUCCUCGCUCUUCUCGAGUUGAUGUUCGACAGCCCAGAUGAGACUUGGAGAAGGCUUUUCGACAAGAUUGUCCAGGACAAUAGCUCGCUUGCAUCGGCGUGCACGGUUCCUCGAAGCGAUGGAUCGACGACGGGCUUGGAAACGAUCUAUCGAGAACACGAUCCACUUCACUGGCUCCACUAUUAUGCACAGAAAUAUCCGUCUUGGCCUGCAGUCAUCAUAGCUGCUAAUCCUUCCCCAGCUGGCUCGAUACGUGAUGCUGCGCUGUCGACAUGGACUUAUGCUGAGCUCAGCAACAAAGCAGCUCAGGUCGCUCACUUGAUCCAACUGCUCGAUCUCCCUUUGGAAGGACCGAUCGCGUUGUGCAUGGACCGAACUUUGAUCUCCUUAGCAGUCACUGUCGCCAUCUUCAAGUGCGGACGAACGUAUCUACCCAUCGACAAGCAGCUACCGGACGAGCGCAAGCGACUCUUGAUCAGCGACAGCCGCUCUGCGCUGGUAGUCACAGAGGGAACAUGCCUCGGGCAGCUCGAAGACGAAUGCCAUUGCCCCGUGCUCAACCUCAGCAAAGCUACGCUCGAGCAGCGCUUGCUCACUUUGAACGUCAAAGACGGUUCGGUGGAUCACGCUGCUCCGGACGAGGGGAGAGGCAGCGAUGGUGCCUAUCUCCUGUACACAUCCGGCUCGACCGGCAAGCCCAAGGGCGUUCUCGUGGGACGAGCCAAUCUUUGCAGCUUCGUCGAGUCGUACGCCGAGAUUGUAUCCUCAGAAUGCCCCGCCACGUUGAACCUAGGAGGAAUUGGACGUUACUUGGGAUUGGCAAGUAGGGCAUUCGACGUGCAUCUUUCGCAAAUGUUCAUGUCGUGGCGGUUCGGCAUGGCGCUUGCCACAGGUGAACGAUCGCUCUUGCUCGGUGAUCUCAAGUGCACCAUCCAGAGGAUGUCCAUCACGCACAUGAGCUGCGUACCUUCGCUGCUGGAUCAGUGCGACCUCGUUGCGCAAGAGGUGCCAUCGUUGGUUUUUCUUGGUGUCGGGGGAGAAAAGUUGACGGACCGUGUCCGAGAUACGCUGGCCAGCUCGCUGACAGUUCUCAACGCUUACGGGCCUACAGAGACAACGAUCAUGUGCACCGUCAAUGCUGUGCAUGCCGACAGUCACGUACGCGACAUCGGACGCGUGCUCCCUGGAAACACAGCCAUCGUGAUCGAUUUUGACGACACGGAUCGAUGUAUCCCCGUCAUGAGAGGUCAAGCUGGAGAGCUCUGCAUCCGUGGGGACUUGGUGGCUCUGGGUUACCAUGCCCUUGAUGCUUCGCAGGAAGCCUCGAGCGGAUUCGUGAUGCUUUCCGAUGGCACUCGCAUGUACCGCACCGGCGACGCGGUGAGGAUGACGGCAGAUGGCAAGCUGCACUACCUUGGCCGACGUGAUGAGCAGGAAAAGAUCCGUGGCCAGCGGCUCGAGCUCGGAGAGGUCUCGCGAUGUGCGAUUGCUGGUGCAAACGACACGGUGCAUGCCAGAACGGUGAUCUGUCAACCUCGAAAUCUGAUGAAGCCGCUUCUGAUCACGUUGAUCAGUCCCAAGAUCGUCAGCUCCGGUGCACAAAGGCGCGACUCGCUACCACAGCUGCUUACACCGUCUUCCGACAUGAACCAAGUGGCUCAGCACAUCCACCGAUACUGCAGAGAGCAGCUUCCAGGCUACAUGGUGCCUGACUUGGUCAUCGCCGUGUCACAUCUGACUCAAUUGGCAACCUCUGGAAAGACGGACGUGCGGAGACUCAAAGAAUGGAUCUCAUCUGUAGACCCUUCCCAGCUGUUCAAAGCCUCGGUUGACAGCGACAACGGUUCAGCUGCAGUUCCCUCCCUUACAGUGGUCGAAACCAAGGUGGCGAGCGCUCUACGUCAGAUUCUUCCCAAAACCUCGGUGGAGAUUCGACCAAGCACCUCGAUCUUUGAUCUUGGUAUUGACAGUCUCACUGUAAUCCGAUUGGCGGGUGAGCUACGCAAAGUCGGACUCGUCGUUCCGAUCAAUCAGCUUCGUUUGCGUCAUCGAAUCCACGAGAUCGCAUCGGACGCGUCCGGUCGCGGCGUUGCUAACGAUCACGAUUUUGACUUCGACCUUUCGGUCGGGAGAAGGGCACUUUCGGCCUUCCGAGAGCGCUAUAGCGAGUUGUCCAGCUCUAUGCGAACGGAGGUAGUGUCCCACAUCCUUCCUUGCCUGCCAUCGCAAGAGGGUAUGGUGGCGCUUUCUCUCGGCAACAAGAGCAAUUCGAUCUACGUCGCACGCAUGCAAGUCCAGCUCGAUGUCGAUUCCUUUGAGGAUGGAGCUUGCUCACCCGCUUCGAUUCAACGAGCUUGGCAGCGACUCGUCCAAAGACAUAGCAUCUUGCGCACGUGCUUUGACCAUGUUGACGAAGGAACGAUCGCGCAAAUAGUAUUGAGCGGCAUCGAGUUCGAUCGUCACCUGGUGCCUGCUAGGUCGAGAGAUACAGACAGCGAUACCAUUCUGGCGAUCCUUCAGACCAUCACAGCAGUUCCGCCCUGGCGCAUCAGUCUCGACGAAGGAAAAGCCUCUCAGGGUGUGUUCGUCUUGUACAUGCAUCACGCUCUCUACGAUGGGUACUCACUUCCUCUGCUGCUCGCUGACUUGACGAAGAUCCUUCGAGAUGAGCCAGAGGAGGUGGACAAACAGGAAUCCGAAAUGGAAGAGUUCAUCGCCUCGAUCCUCUCCGUUCCGGAAUCGCGAGCCCAAACGUUUUGGUGCAGUACUUUUGCCGCAUUCCCUGUCAGCGACCCAUGUAUAUGGGACCGCUUCCCUCUUGCGCAUACAGGUCCGUUCCGUUGCAAGACGACUCUGGAGCUUCGUCCACUCGUUUCAGCAGCGAAAGCUCUGCAGGUAACACUUUCCUCGUUGAUCGCAGCGGCGCUUGGCAUUGCAAUAUGUCGAAUGCUGGGAACGACAUCAUUCACUAUCGGCUUUGUGCUGUGGGGACGCACCCUUGAUCACGUUUCUGCGGAAAAGAUCCGGGCUCCAUGCUUGACAACAGUGCCGAUGCCUUUCUCCGCGUGCGUCGAUCACAAAGCGCAGAGCGUCACGAACACGAUUCGGUCCUGCUACGAAUGGAACACAUCUUGCCUGGCCUUCCAGCACACGUCGAUGCGACAGAUCCGCAAAUGGAUCGGAUCCGAGCGUCAAGGCUCGCUUGUCGAUGUCCUGUUCAGCUUUUCACAGACUGCCGGGUCUGGCCUAGAAGACGAGAGUCGAAGCUGGCGCUUGAACAAAGUCGAUGCAGAGACUGAUGCUGCGAGUGCCUUCGAAGUCGUAGCUGAUGAAGCCAGCAACGAGCUUCGUAUUUCAGCUAUGCUCAAACACGUGCUGCCGGAUGGCGGUCUUGAAGGAAUCUUGGAGACUUUGCGGCUUCUUCUCGACAAGGUAUCAGACGGUACAGCCGAAUCGAUGGACCUCGAAGCAGCAGGUGUCUCGAUCCCCCUUCCUGCGACGAGCAAGGCUCUCACAAAUGGACAGUCAAGAGGCCCGGAGCGUCCAAUGACUCGGACCGAAGAGCAAAUCCGUGACCUGGCUGUGAAGAUGUGCGGUGCAUCUUCUGCCGACCUGCUUAAGCUAGACACGCCAUUCCUCCGCAUCGGUCUUGACUCGAUCGUGGCAUUGCGCUUUUCGGCAAGGCUAAGGACUCAGUACGGGCUACAGCUGAGCGCGCACGACAUUCUUUCGGCAGGCACCAUCAUGGGUCUCUCGCAGCGGCUCAACGAUAGGCAGAACAAGACAGACAGCGAGAUCGCCACUCCCACAACAUCCGAGCACGUCGGGGAACGGUACAAGGCCACACCUUUGCAAGCAGGUAUGCUAAACGGGACGAUCGCAUCCCAAUCACAUCGUCUCUAUGUUCACCAUCAUGCAGUCUUGUUGAAAGAAGGCGUCGACUAUGACAGGCUGCAGCGAGCCUUGCGAUGCGUUGUAGCAGCGCACGACAUUCUCCGUACGAGCUUCCAUCUCGAAAGCGACGCUGCACAGAAGCCACUUUCAUGGAUUGCCAAGGUGGCUUCGCCGGAGGAGCUUCUUCCCGCUCCACAAUCGUUGCACCACCUUGUCGACAAGGUCUCGUCAGAGGCGCUGGAAGGGUAUGAAAACGACUUCACCUUUGAGCGCCCGGAGCACUUCGGCGUCAGUCCGUGGCGAGCAGCCGUGCUACGUUGUGCAGCAAAGCAGGACGUACUGGUCAUAUCGAUGCACCAUAGCUUGUACGAUGGCGUUUCUCUCCCGUACUUGUUUGCGGAUCUUCGGGCCGCUUAUCGUGACGAGUCGAUGAGCCUGGUUGCUCGUCCCUCGUUCUACCACGCAGCAAAUCUCAUUGCCUCCAAGACCGGUCAAUCGGAGAUGUACUGGAGGCAGACCCUCGCCGGGUUCAAACACGCGAGUUUGCUCGGCAAAGCCCUUCCAUCCCAGUCCUCUCUUCGGUAUCGGCUCGGUGAGCUGCGAAUUCCCAUCUCGCUGGGCGAACUGAAAACUCGAAGCGCCAAGGUGGGGGUGACACCGCAAGCACUUGCGCUACUCAGUUGGUCCAAGGUGUUGGCAGUGUCUGCCGGGCAGCGCGACGUCUGCUUUGGUCAGGUCGUGUCUGGUCGCUACCUUGAUCUGCCCGGAAUCGAAGAGAUCAGCGGGCCACUCAUCAACACGGUGCCGAUUCGCGUCAACCUGGUCAACUACGUGUCCUCGAACGCUGCGACAGCUCGCGAGCUGCAAGAGCGCAUUGUCGAAGCGCAGCCGUUCCAACAUGCUUCGCUGAGCCAGAUCCAGAAAGCAUGGAGGCAGCAACACGGCGCUCAGAAUGCUCUCUUUGAUACUCUGUUUGUCUUCCACAACGUCCAAGGCAAGGCAAAGCUUCGAAGCAAGGUCAAAGACGAACUUUGGACUAGCAUCCAUUCUCCCAAGGAUGUCCCUGGACAGGAAGAGAGUCACUCCACGGCGACAGGCACUGCGGCAUCCGAGUAUCCAGUCAACAUUUCGGUGAUACAGGACGACCACGGAAUCCAGAUCAAGGCUGGUGCAAGCGAUCUUGUUGGAGGUGAGGCAUGGCUGCCCAAGACAUUGCAGCUGUUCGCAGAUGUAUUCAUGGACCUUCUCCAGCGACCAAAUCGACCGAUCGGUGCUUACCCCGAAGCUUUGGCGACGCUCCCGAUCGUUUCUGCCUCGGACGUUGAUCAGCAGGAAGGCGCAACUCCCGUCGAUCAAGAGGCUGAUCGUCGUCGACUGGACGGGAAAGAGCAAGGCAUCGUUCUGCGCCACAUGUCGAAGCGUCUCAACGUAGACGCAGCUACGAUCAAGGCGAGCCCAAGCCUGUUCCUGCUGGGACUCGAUUCGUUGCUGGCGAUCUGCAUUUCAGCAGAUGCUCGAAUUGAACAAGUGCCGCUGACACCAUUCGACCUACUUUCGGCGGGCACGUUCGGUCAGCUGACCGUCGCUUUCGACAAGCAAGACAACAACCCCCUCGGUGCCGAUGCCGAGGCGAUCGAGCGGGCGCAAAAGGGUCUGAUCAGUGAUCUCGCCAGAAAAGAGGUGCUGGAGCGGCUCGAUAUUCCUGCAACGGACGUCGAGGCAUUUUUGCCGGUGUUGCCCGGUCAAAAGCAACACAUCGAUCUCUGGCUGCAGCGCGGUCGAAGAUUCCUGGAACCCACCUUUGUGUACGCCACAUCACGCAAAGUGAAGAUCGAGGUGCUCGACGCUGCGUGGGAGGAGCUACAUCGACGCAAUGCUGCGCUUCGGACCGCUUUUGUGCGUCUGAAGGACCAUGGGGAGCUGGUACAGGUGGUUUUGAGCGAGUCGAGCUCACUGUGGCGCUGCCACCAGCGAAGGCAGCUCGCAAUCGUAAAUGGUAACGACGACGUCGAUUCUGCCGCUUUUGAUGCGGUCAAGAAGCUCAACGCAGAUCCGACUGAUCUCUCCAGGCCUUCUGCGCGUCUGACUCUGGUGCAGGGCAGCAAGCAGGACCUCGUUCUUUUGACUCUCCACCAUACUAGCUACGAUGCUUGGAGCAUGCGCUUGAUGGCAGCCGAGCUCGGUCAAAUCUACCAAAGCAUGGAGAGGAGAUAUCAAUUGCGAUUGCGAGAGCCCAUCAGCUUUGUGGGUUUUGUCGAGCAGACAUAUUGGCAUGCUUUGCGGGCUGAGGCUUCCAUUGAAGCGUUCUGGGCGGAGCGCUUGCGUGGUGCUUCUUCUACAGUGGUGUGCGGAGGGGCACCUCAAUCCGUCGACCAAACCAUGCACGUUCGAAAAGCGGCCAUCAGAGACGCCGAUGGUAUGGAAGCCCGAUGUCACACACACGGAUUCGGGCUGCAAGUGGUGGUGAUCCUCGCCUAUGCAAGGCUCCUUUCGUCGUACGUUGCUGAGGAAGGCCUGAAAUCGCCCACCUUUGGAUUUUAUACGGCAGGACGGUCCUCUGCGUUCGAGGGACUGGGGCAAAUGAUUGGACCGACGACUUCGAUGCAGCCAAUGACCGUAGCCACGAGAUCGGAAGGGCCUGAAGCCGUCCUCAUUCAGCUUCGUUCCAUUCAAAAGGAGCUGGUCCAUCGUGCUGAGCACCAACAAGACGAAGUCAAAUCGCCGGUACCCUUCGAUGCGCAUCUCAACCUUUUGUGGCACAAACCCAUCGUCGAGACCGACGGCGACGAGCCAGGCUCGGCUGAUGCGCUUCUCAGACCAUACAAGCUACGAUACGACAGCGGCUACUUUACGCAUCAGCCUCUGAUGCCAGGAAGGACGUCGGUUGACGGUGAUUCGAAGGAUUCAGCGACGAAACCGAAGAAUGCGCAGCUUUACAUGGACGUGGGCUUUGAUGCGAAGACAGGCGCGAUCUCGUUUGGAGCUCGAUGCGAUCAAUCUGCGAUGCACACGUCGCAGCUCGAGGAGUUCUGCGACGCAUUCAUCGUCGAGAUCGAAAAGUUGCGCGACAUCCUGUAG